AUGUUUAUUUUUUUUAAAAACUCAUUAGAAGGGUCCGGCGUUUCGGUUAAGAUAAUGAUUCUAGGAAUUCUAUCGGCAAUAUCACUAUCAAUUGUGUUGAUGUGCAUUUGCAGUAUGAAAUCCUCACUAAGAAGCAAUUGUGUUGUCUUAUCUAAUCAUCCAACUGCGGACGAGAAUAGCAUUGAGGCCUUUGUCAUACAAUAUGGAUCGUUGAGUGCAAAAAGAUACACAUAUGCUGAUAUUAACGACAUGACAAACUCAUUUGAAGUUAAAUUAGGACAAGGAGGUUUCGGUACUGUGUUUAAAGGGAAACUUUCAGAUGGACGUCUUGUGGCUGUAAAAGUUUUGAACUCAUCAAAAGCAACUGGGCAAGAAUUCAUAAACGAAGUUGCAAGCAUUGGUAGGACAUCUCAUGUUAACAUUGUUACUCUUUUGGGAUUUUGUUUUGAGCAUCAAAAAGGAGCUCUCGUAUAUGAGUUCAUGCCAAAUGGAUCGUUAGAAAAGUUUAUAUAUGGUCGUGUUUGUCCAAAUACAAGCAAACCCAUAGGUGUAGACAAGUUAUAUGAGAUAGCCAUUGGAAUUGCACGAGGUCUUGACUACUUGCAUCGUGGCUGCAACACUCGAAUUUUGCAUCUUGACAUAAAGCCACAUAAUAUCCUCCUUGAUGAAGACUUUUGCCCAAAGAUAGCAGAUUUUGGGCUUGCAAAAUUAUACUCUAGGAAAGACAGUAUCGUAUCUAUGUUAGAGGCUAGAGGCACUAUUGGGUAUAUUGCCCCUGAAGUUGUUAAUAGAAACUUCGGAGGUGUCUCCCAUAAAUCGGAUGUCUAUAGUUAUGGGAUGUUAAUACUAGAAAUGGUUGGGGGAAGGAAAAAUGUUGAUGCUGGUGUUGGUUCUGGGCAUACGAGUGAGAUAUAUUUCCCUCAUUGGAUUUACAACCGUCUGAAGAAGGAUAAAAUCUUAUUAGAUGGUGUGACAACUAUAGAGGAAAAUGAUUAUGCUAGAAAAAUGACAAUAGUCGGCUUAUGGUGCAUACAAACUGAUCCAAAACAAAGGCCAUCCAUCAAUGGAGUGAUUGAAAUGUUAGAAGGAAACAUGGAGUCACUGGAAAUUCCACCAAAACCAUUCUUUUCUUCUCUUCCACGAUCACAAGCCACCAUAUGUAACACAUCAGAGGACGUCAGUAUGGAUCACUGUAGUAUAAAAGAAGUAUGA